AUGAAUAUCGUUUACGUCUUUAUUGUCUGCUUUAUAGUCGUCUUGGGAGCAAUUAUGGUCCUCCCACUCUAUCCAAUGUUCGAAAAAGCUCCACAGAUGGUGUUAUACCCAAGCCAAAUGAACUACAAAAAAUACGAAGGGAAGAGCUCAUACAAUCUCUUAUGUGCGAAGAAAUACCCCGACACUUUGAAGACGGAAAGCUUCACUGUAAAACUUGAAAUUUUGGACGGGAAAUAUUCUUUGUCUGGAAUAGUCGGGGCGAACGAAGUAAGUGAUCCCUCAUUCGGAGAAAUCGAGUUGGUCGACAUCUUGAAUUUCAAGGACAAGACUUACGCCCUCGAAAAGAAGAAUGGAAUCGUCUUCGAAAUGCUCAACACACAAAAAGACAACGAAGAGGUUCCAAAAUACACAGGUCUGAUCCCAAGACUUAUCAUCCCAGCAAACAAGACAAAUGAAGUCAAUACAAUGAAGUUCGAAAACGGGUUUGUCAAGGACGACAUAUUCCAUAUCGUCGCAGAAAAUGGAAUUGUCGCAGCGUUCGAUGGGGAAUACAGAAUGAGAUGGGGAGAGUGGGCAACGGUAUUUAAAACGGCACUCAACCCACUCAACUGCGAAAAAGUCCAGAUGGGGAACGUUGUAUAUUCUAGAAGCAAUUUUACUUUUGGGUUCUUCCCGUUCUCGUGUUGUGUUUCCGGUGCGGACGAAGAAUACGGGUGCGACAAAAUGGUACUUACCGAUAUGGAAUAUAACCUGAUCGAAAUGGUGAAACUGCCUGUUCAGAAAAAUCAAAGGAUCCAGUCGGCGAGACUCAUCCCAUUCAAAGAAGACAACUUUGUGUUGCUUGUUAAGAGCAAAGAAACGUUAGACUCUUAUUUUGCUGUUAUGAACAGAAAGGGAGAGGUGCUUAUGCAACUGACUCAGGUUGGAAACAAUGUGAUCGGCUUCGAUUUUAUUUAA